AUGGGUUCCUUGAAGGGUUGCUGGAAGGGUUUGUCGAAGGGUUGGUCGAAGGUUACGACGAUCGUGAGUAAGGACAUCAAUAUCAAUCGCAGCGUUCUUGUCGUCCUUUUUACCACCAACGUCAAUGUCAAGGAGGCCAUCAUAUUCGUCGUGGCGACGCUCGUGGGUGAGGAUAUCAACAUCAAUGGCAGCGUUCUUGUCGUCUUUCUGUCCACCGACAUCGAUAUCAAGGAGACCAUCAUAUUCGUCGUGGCGACGAUCGUGAGUAAGGACAUCAAUAUCAAUUGCGGCGUUCUUGUCGUCUUUCUGUCCACCGACGUCAAUGUCAAGGAGGCUAUCGUAGUGAUCAUCGUGGCCAUGGCGCUUGCGGAGGUUCAGAUCAAGGAUGCUACCAUCCUUACCCAGGCUGAGCUUGGCAAGGCCAUUCUUGCCUCCGAGACCAAGGUUGAGCAGGCCAUUCUCGCCACCGAGGUUCAGGCCAAGGAUUUCAUCUUCAUUGAGAAGUCCCAAGCUGAGCAGAGGGUCAACGCCGACAGGCUUCUUGUCAACCUCGAGUUUGUCAUCCUUUGGCAUAGCGCCAGUGAUCUUGAGGUACUUCUCAAGUUCCUCCUCAGUGAGGAGAUCAAGGAGAACGAGGAUGUCGAGAUCGAGGGCAACGAGGGGUUUCUCGCAGACCUCAUCGGGGACUUCGAAGCAUGUGUUCGUGGGGCACUGGCCAGGGUUGGGGUUGCCUCCGUUGUUACCGGGGUUGGGGUUGCCAUUGUUGCCGCCCUGGUUGGGAUCGGGCUUGUUGUCACCUGGGUUGGGAUUCCCGCCAUUGUUGCCCGGGUUGGGAUUCCCGCCAUUGUUGCCCGGGUUGGGAUUCCCGCUAUUGUUGCCCGGGUUGGGAUUCCCGCCGUUGUUACCACCGUUGUUGCCCGGGUUGGGGUUACCACCGUUGUUGCCCGGGUUGGGGUUGCCGCCGUUGUUUCCAGGGUUGGGGUUGCCGCCGUUGCCGUUGUCACCGGGGUUGGGGUUACCUCCGUUGUUACCGCUAUUGUUGCCCGGCCGAUGGGUUCAUGGUUAGCCAUUCGGAUGCUUUAUACUUACUUCGGUGGGGGUGAUGCAGAUGUGGCCGUCUUCCUUGACGUUCACGAUCUUGGGCCUGUCGGCUUUGACAUUGAUGUUGGGGCAGAUGCUCAGGUCGAUCAAGGCGGAGAUGUCGAGGAAGCAUCCGCUCUCCUGAGCAAGGACUUGCAGUUGAGUGACGAGACCGGCCAUUAUGAACAAGAUUGA